CACGGCCUCAGUCUCCAGACUUGGGCCGUUUGCUGCAUUUUGCACAGGACCCCGGGGUAGGCUUCAACGCUGCUCAUGACGGCGAUUUUGAUCCCUUUGGCUCGACCAAUGGUGCGCAUCCUAUUUGAGAGGCGGGCAUUUGACGCAGCAGCGUCAGAUCUGGUUUCGUCAUUAUUUGUAUGCUAUGUGUCCGGUUCUAUCAUCUACUUAUCGAGAGACGUACUGGUCCGUGUGUUCUAUGCUUUGGGCGAUGGUAAACCACCAUUCUAUACAAGCAUUAUAGCCAUUGCUGCCAAUGCCAUCCUAGAUUGGAUUGCUGUACGACGGCUAGGUUAUGGGGCUCAGGGCUUGGUGCUGGCGACACUCUCUGUCAAUUUCCUUUCGGUGAUCAUCCUUUUGGGAAUGCUGUCUCGCAAACUUCAAGGUCUCAAGUUGGCAGAUUGUGUACGACCUCUGUGCGUCCUGACCGGUGUGGCUGCAUCAACCGCUUUUGUGACACGAGCUGUUUAUGACUCUGCACUGCGAUUGUCCACACUCCUCCUAGCUAAGCGAGAAAUAUCGCGACAAAUACUUCCAUUAAUGCUGGAGCUUACGUCCUUGGGCGUAGCUGCAAUGUCUGGGAUCCUUGUGUUCUUCACGAUCGUAUUGUCACUCCGUCUUCAAGAGAUCGAAAGCCUUUUGCCCAGGCGCAUGAGACGAGCCUAGUCUGUUACAUUUAGUUUAUCACCACCACUCUUGCUGUCUGUCUCCUUAUCGCAGUUUUUCACCUUUAUAUUAAGUUUAUAAUAGUUUAUAUUUUUUAUUGGUAAAUCUUACAAUCCGGCGGUGUCUUUCAAGCAAUAAGUUAAUAACAACAAUUAGGAAGUCAAACGGGUCCUUGAAGGAAUGCACUUUGGAGUGCAGUGAGUUUGAACCCCAGUUUUGUCGGAGCUAGGAGAGAAUGUACCGGUGUUGAAUCAGAGGUUUGAAAACCUGGUGUAGGUUUUAGCCGAAGAUUGAGUCAGAGACUGAGAGUCAGUUGAAACCUGGUUUAGUAAGUUGGUUCACUCGAAGAUGUUUUAGGCGGUUCUCUCUCUUUAGUUCGAACUUGUCGCACACCUGGUUUGUUUUUGUGGCACUCGGACCUCUCGUUGAAAUCAGAGGUUUGAAAACCUGGUUGAGGUGUAGCCAGAGUUGGAAUCACAGAGCUAGUUGGAACCUGGUUUAGUGAUCGGAAGGUGGUUCAAACCUCUGGUUUAGUGAUCGGAACCUGGUUUAGGUUUAGCCAGAGAUUGAAUCAGAAUCGUCUUUCGGUGGUUCCUGGUAUUUGUCGAACUUGUUUGCAAUAAUAGUUGCAGUUUGAUGUAAUGACAGGUAAAGUCAGAUAUAAACCUGAGUUAAGGAGGUUUGGAAUUUUUUAAUUUAACCCAACAUUGCUUUCAUGACGUUUCGUCAAUUGACAAUUGCACCUACCUUCUUCAAUAAAAACUCAAUUCCUGA